CGGCGGAUGACCCGCAAUGUCACCGGCCAGGAGCUGAACCGGUACGGGACAUUGGCCGACUUUGGGAGGCAAGUUCGAUCUGUUAAAGCUGUGGUCAUCACCAUAUUCAACUUCAUUGUCACCGUGGCAGCCGCGUUUGCCUGCACGUACCUGGGCAGCCAGUACAUCUUUGCCGAGACGGCUGCGCGCAUCCUGUCAGCAGUAAUUGUGGCCUCAGUGGUUGGCUUGGCCGAGUUGUAUGUGAUGGUGCGGACCCUCGAAGGGGACCUCGGGAAACUAUGACUGGGCGUUUCCCUGCGAACUGCGACCCUCAUGCUGGAGGCUUUUGCCCUCCCCAGGAGCCAUUUAUUUUGGGCAGGUUUGUCCUUGGGCUACCAAAUGUUUGUACCUGCUCCUGUUACCAGGAAAACUGCUGCAUUCCUCAGGCCUCAUCCUUUGCUUGCCUGCUCCUCACCUUCCUGAAAUGAAUCAUGGAUUAAAGAUCUUGUGGCAGCAGAACAGAAGAACCAACAGCAGUGGACUCAUACUAUGCCAGUAUAGAGAGGAGUGUCAGCGACUGCUGUUACAGUUCUUUUCUGAAGUUGCUGUCUUUUUUUUUUUUUUGGAAUAAAUAUGUUGUGUUUAUGUUUGCAAUCUUC